GAACGCGAGGCGCUACUGCGCUGCGCUGCUCCGUUCUACACACUAAGGUAGUAUUGUGUGUGCAUUGGGGGGGACAAGACCGAGCUUCGCGAGCGACGCUCGUUUUAUUAUUAUAUAGUGCGCAUCGUUUAUAUCUAAGGUUCAAUUCGAAGCUCUGUGUCUAUCAUGUAAAUCAAUUAAUCGCCUCAUUUAUUCUGACGCACCGUCAGAAUGCAACGCAUCGAUAUGUUGCGCGACUUACGAUUAUCGUAAACAAGUCCCGUUUGUUUACACACACGCAACGGCAGGCUGCAGAGCAGGCUCUAUGUAGUUGUCUAUCUAACCUCAAACAUGUACGAGGCGCUCUUUUUUAUAAUAUGUUUCAUCACCAAGGAUGUACUCGCGUCCAACUGUUAUUCCAAGUAUUGCGAAAAUACCACGAAUUUUGUAAGGAAAUCACACGAACAAUGUCUAGUUGAUCAAGUACAAAGAGGAGUAGAAUGUCAACAAAUAAGAUUUGAAAAUUUAGGACAUGUGCCACCCAUUGGUGAACCUUUGGCUCAAGUAAUGCUAUCUGCAUAUGUUAGAGAUUUUGGAGUACUGGAAGGGAAGGCAACUGCAUUCAAUUUUUCUAUUGACAAUGUUAAUUUUAAUAGACUGACUACUCGCUAUCAAAGUUUAGGGGAUGAAGAAACUUCUGUUUGUCGACAUGUUCAUUUUUAUAGAAAUCAAACUAAUUAUCGUUUUAAGGACUUUUUUGUAGCUUGUCCAUUUUACAAUAAUUCUUAUGAGAAUAAUACUUAUCGGUUAGAGUAUUUAAUUUCUGGAGAUAAUUAUGAAUAUAGUAGAAAACUUGUGUUUGUUGUUCCUGAUCACAAAUCAAUUGCUGAUAGUGUAAAAAAUGUCGCAUUAUACACACCAUUUGUUUAUGUUGAUGUUUCUGACUCAUCUACAUUAACUUUAUACAUACAACCUUUACCAAAAAGGUUUAAUGUAUCCAGCUAUAAAGUUUGGAUGAUUAAUUAUGACACUAACGUUACAAAAGAAGUCGUACUGUACCAUGUUCAUCGGAAUCACUAUAUUAACUAUAAUUUUUCGGUUAGCGAUGGUGUAAUUUAUUUCAAAGUAGCUGUUCUUCAUUUCAUUUGUCAUCAUGACUAUGGAUGUAUUAACAGUACUUCUCCAUUUAUAAGCAUAAAACAAACUUCUAAUCGAUUACUCAUUAUGAUCAUUAGUUUUAUUUGGAUUCCACCUGUGAUAUUUUUUGCUGCAUAUCAUAUUUAUAAAUUAUAUAAAAGAAGAGAAAUAAUUCAAAGAGCUGAAAAAAAGCCAAAGUGCCUCUUGGUUUACUCACCAUCACACAUGGCACAUGUUAAUGUUAUGGUUGAUUUGGCGCGUUACUUACGUUGUUGUAAUAUUCAUGCGAUGAUUGAUACUUUAGACAUUCCAGAAACUCCCUCAAAGGAUCCUAUUCUUUGGUGUAAUGAAGCAUUCCAAGCCGCGGAUGUAAUACUUAUAGCAGCCUCGCCGCAAACUGGUGAAACUGCUUCGGUUGUUUACCGAAAUAUGGAUACCCAAGCUUUGAGGCUGCUUAAAGAAAACUAUCCUCGUCGCAAUAAACGGUACUAUGUAGUACACUUCCCUUAUUGCAAAGAAGAAGAUAUACCAAGAGAAGCACAGCUAUUUGAACAAUUUAUGAUGCCGGAAGAAUUAGACAAGUUAGUGAAAACGGUUCACGAAGUUGAGUACAUCAGAUUUUUUGCAGCGUCUGAAAAAGAUCUCGUAGAUUCUAUAAAGUUAGCUAAAAUUCACGUGAUUCCAAAACGAAAAAGUUCUCGGAAGAUUGUAGAACACGAAGAUUUAUUACUGCCAGAUUUGGAAGAAAAAGAUCCAUCAAUAGAAGUUAUUCAAUUACAUGAAAUAGAAACUAAAAGCUCUGAUGCAUCUACUAAUAGGAAGUCAUCAAAAUCUUUUAGAACAAAUAUCGAAGAGUUAAAUCUACUAGGUGAAAGUACCGAAUCAGAAGCUUUUGCUUUUAGUCCACCAGCUGGUUCAAAAUUUCGUAUAGACACUUUGGAUUUAUAAAUUGUUGAACCUGCACAAUUUGAGAAAAUGCUUUUAUAAGACUUUUACCUUUAUAUA